UUGUCAAUUAAAUCAUCAAAGUUUUUCUCGCAAUUCGAGAGCCCGUCCUUUUCAAGCUUGUUAUUGAUAUUGCAUUAAUGAUUCGAAAACUAUCGAAGUUAGAAAAAUCUUUCCCAUAUCGUCAUGUUUGUGGAUAAAUAAUGUUCAUAAAAUAAUAGUAUACAAGAUAAAAUGAAGCUUGUAUAUAAAAAUAUUGAGAGGGAUGGCUGCGGGAGUAUUGGCCUCGUCCCUGAGGAGUCUGAAGACAUGUGGCAUGCCUACAAUCUGGUUGCCGUGGGUGAUGCGGUUACAGCAUCCACUGUACGAAAAGUUCAGACGGAAUCUUCCACCGGUUCUUCAACCAGCAACCGUGUGAGGACUACACUCACUAUCACGGUGGAGACCAUUGAUUUUGAUACUCAAGCAUGUGUCCUGAGGCUGAAGGGACGCAAUAUUGUAGAGAAUCAAUAUGUAAAAAUGGGAGCCUACCACACAUUAGAUUUAGAACUGAAUAGAAAAUUUACAUUACAAAAACCAUUAUGGGACUCAGUGGCUUUAGAGCGGGUAGAGAUGGCUUGCGACCCAGCUGCCAAUGCUGAUGUGGCUGCAGUAGUGAUGCAAGAAGGCCUAGCACAUGUUUGCCUGAUCACACCCUCAAUGACAUUGGUCAGAUCCAAGAUUGAUAUUACUAUCCCUAGGAAACGAAAAGGAUUUGUACAACAACAUGAAAAGGGUCUAAAUAAAUUCUAUGAUGCUGUCAUGCAAGCAAUCUUGAGACAUGUGGACUUCAACAUAGUGAAAUGUGUAAUCAUUGCAUCACCUGGGUUUGUGAAGGAUCAGUUCUUUGAGUACAUGAUGCAACAAGCUGUGAAAACUGAUAACAAAUUGUUGAUUGACAAUAAAAGCAGAUUUUUAUUAGUCAAGGCCUCCUCAGGAUUCAAACACUCAUUAAAAGAGGUAUUACAAGAACCGGCUGUAAUGGCCAAAAUAUCAGAUACAAAAGCUGCCAGUGAGGUCAAACUGCUGGAGAAUUUCUACACUAUGUUGCAACUAGAGCCCGCAAAAGCUUUUUAUGGGAAGAAACAUAUUGAAAGAGCAAAUGAGGCUUUAGCCAUUGAAACACUAAUGAUUUCUGACAAAUUGUUUAGGUGUCAAGAUAUACAACAAAGGAGAGAAUAUGUAGCUCUUGUUGAUUCAGUUCGAGAGAAUGGAGGUGAAGUGAGGAUAUUCUCUAGUAUGCAUGUAUCUGGGGAACAGUUAGACCAAUUGACUGGAAUAGCAGCAGUUCUACGUUUCCCUAUGCCAGAGCUUGAAGACAGUGAUGCAGAAGGAGAUAGCGACUCUGACUAGGAUAUUAAUAAUUUAUUGUUUUCUGUCCAUUCAUACUAGUACAGUGUACUAGAUAAAAUCGAGUCAAGGAGCUCUUCCAUUUCUAGAAAAAUAUUGAAAUGUGUAUUUAGAUAGUAUUGCAUUAUCAAUAUAAAAAAAGAGUAAUUGCUGAUUUUCUUGGAAGGUACAUGUUUAUUUUUUAAAAGCGACGCGUCUUCGUCGGUUUGGUACAGAUUCUCUUGUAUUGUUUCUGUUGUUUUGGGGACAACUCUUAGGAAAUAAAGUUGUCAAGGCGUUAUUUAUUCUACUUCCAUAAUGAUGGCUAUGUAUUAAUUUGAUAAUCAAUACAGAACUAUUGUUGUGCAGGACAGAAGUUAAAGACAUGUAUUAUGUAAGUGAAAUGAUUUUUAUAUGUGGAAUAUUCCUAAAAGAAUUGCCAACAUAUUUUGAUCUGCUCAACUUAAUGGGACACUGUUAUAGCAUAUUUUUAUUACGUAGUAACAUUUUUUUUUAUAAAAAUUGAUUUAUUUUUAAUAAUAAUAUCUACAUUGGUACUAAACUUAUACAGAAACUAGUGUGAUAAGCCAUAAGAUAGUACCAAAGUAAUUUUGUUACUUUUAAAUGACUAAUAUUAUUAUGAUUGUCUUGUUUCAUUGUUAUUUGAAGGAAAUGUCCUCGUUUUUAUAUUGUGAUGUAAAUAGACUAUAAAAUAAUUUAGCACAAUACAGAAAUAAAAAGAAACAAUUAUUUUGAAUGACUUAUGUUUUA